AGGGGAGCGAGGCUCGGGCUUUCUGUCCACCCGAGACCUGGAGAGGAGGAGGAGGAACGUCCAGCAGCAGCUCCCGCUCGCCGUUGGGCUGUGGCUCCCCAGACCCCGAGCUCGGGGGCCAUGGCCCAGCCGCGUGGCCCCUCUCGCCCCCCGGCACCCCCGGCACAGAGCCCAGCAGGACGCCAGCGCCCGCCGCGCCGCCGCCGCCUCCGCGAGACCAGCCGGGACCUCGCCGACAUGUUCAAGGGGGUGGGCAAAGGCUCCCCGAGCAGAAGUUCCCCCAGCAGAGGUUCCCCUGCCAAGCCGAGCAAGUCCUCCACAAAUGAUCUGGCCGUGCUCAUCGGCCGCAUGCAGACAAACGCCGACCAGGUGGAGAAGGACAUCCUGGAGACGCAAGCGAGGCUCUCGCAGGAUGUCAGCAAUCAGCAGAAGAAUAAGGCCUUUGAGUUCCAGGCGGAGAAUGCCAGGAACCUGAAGGAGGCAGAGACCCUGCUGAAGGACCUGUUCCUGGACGUGGACCGUGCCAAGCGGCUGAAGCAUCCUCAGGCUAAUGAGAUCGAGAAAGACAUCCAGCAGCUCCACGACCGCACAACACAGCUGUGUGCGGAGUACCGGGCCCUCUAUGAGAAGCUGAACAUCCCUGACGUGGGGCCCAGGGUGGACUGGGCGAAGAUCCUGGACCAAAAGAUGAAACAAGUCAGCGCGGGACAGUACGGCCCUGGCAUAUCGGAGCUGGAAAAGCAAAUAGCUGAGCACAACAUCCUCCAGAAGGAGAUCGAAGCCUAUGGCCUCCAGAUCAAGAACAUCCGCUGCGGGGAUGUGGCAGAUUUGAAGAGUCAAUACAAGGACUUGCUGAAAGCUUCCAUCUGGCGAGGGCAGAGCCUGGGCAGCCUGUACCACCAUCUCCAGGGAUGCACCAAGGAGCUGGGCUACCUCACGGAGCAGCAGACCAGGAUCCUGAAGCAGGACUGGAGCGACCAAAUGAUGGACGUCCAGAGCGUGCGGCGCGAGUACGAGGAUUUCAAGUCCAAAGAGCUGCUCAGCCAGGAGGAGUUUGUGAACAACCUUCAGGAUGAUGGGGACAGAAUGAUUGAACUAAAGCACCCGGCUGUCAGACCUAUCCAGGCUCACCAGGAAGCCUUGAAGAACGAGUGGCAGAAUUUUCUGAAUCUCUGCAUUUGCCAGGAGAGUCAGCUGAAGAGCGUGGAGAACUAUAAGAAGUUCCAGGAUGACGCUGAGGCUGUGAGCCUCUCCCUGACGAAGAUGAACUCCGACCUGGACACCAAAUACAGCAAGUUCAACAAGGACAGCCCUGGCGUGGUGUCAGACCUGCUGCUUCAGCUGGAGAACGAGGAGAAGGCAGUGAAGCAGGCAGAGAAGAGCAUCGCUGACCUGAAGAGGAGGAGCAAAGAGAUCAGCCCUCUGAAACUGCGCAGGAUGCGUCCCUCCCAGCCCCUCUCCUUGGACACGCUGUGUGACUGGGAUGCUGGGGAGGUGCAGCUGACCAGAGGUGACAAGUACAUUCUGAAGGACAACAGCAACCCUGAGAUGUGGGUGGUGCAGAGCAGCACUGGCGUGAUCCAGGAGGCACCUGCUGCUUGUUUCUCCAUCCCUCCACCAGACCCCGAGUCCAUUGACAAGGUCAACAGGCUGGAGGGGGAGCUGAGCGCGGUGAAGCAGAAGCGAGCAGCGGUUCAGAGCACCCUGAGACGCAGCCACAAGGAGACGGUGCAGCCCAGCCAGCAGGCUCUGUCCACGAGCCCCCCAGUAGUCCAGGAUGAUCCCCAAGCCGAUCAGCUUCUCGGUAGCCUGGAUCGUGUUGACAAGGACCUGGGCCAGGUGGAGAAGGAGGUCCUGAACCGAGUGAGGUCUCCAGUGAGCUACAGCGACCCCACAGACGACCUUGCCAGGAGGAUCAAACACCAGCAGGAAACAACAAAGAGACUUGAGACCCUGGGGGCAGCCAAAGAUGCCUUGCAGAAGGAGUGUGAGACCUUCCUUUCCAAGAAACCCACCAGCACCUCGGCCUCCCAGCUGCCUGUCACGUUGAAUGCCCUCAGGAGCAAGUACAGCGAUGUCAAUAUGCUCUCCAGCCUGUACAACGAGAAGGCUAAGGCUGCCCUGAACCUGGAAACUCAGAUUGAGAACACAGACAAGAUCAUCAGCACAUUUGAGGCCAAGCUGGCUCAGGAUAGCAUCAUUCCUGCGUCCCCCAAUGCCCUGCAGGAUCGGGCCAAUGACCUGCAGAAGAUGAAACGGGACCUGGUGGCCCAAGAGGAGUGUGUGCUGAAGCUCAACCGGGGGCUGAAGGACGCUGAGCACAGCUGCAGCGCUGUGCAGAACAACUUCCAGGAGUACUGCCCUGACCUGCCCCGGCAGAAGCGGGAGGUGCAGCUCCUCAACGAUCGCUACCAUGCCGUGGCAGACCAGCUGGACCAGCGAGAGAAGACCCUCCGAAAUAUCAGCCUCACCUACCAGCAGUUCCAAAACUCCAACGAGAACCUGAUGUUCUGGAUGAACAACCUACCCAAGCACCAAGUGAAGACCACGGAUGGGCCAAGCCAGAUCAAUUACAAGCUGCAGGCACAGAAGAGGCUGGUGGAGGAGAUCGAAAGCAAGGAGCCCGAGAAGAACGCAGUGGUCAGACUGUCCCGGAAUGUGCAGGCCACACUCAAUGACUAUGAACUCCAAGCAGGCAAAUACAGCUCUUCUCUGGACCCUACCCUGACAGACUUCGCUGCAAAGAGGCUGCGUGUGACCCCACUGCAAGAAAGCAUCCAGGCCCAGGAAAAUGAUGUAACCAAGCUCUACAUGGAGCUGGCAGCAGAAAAUAAACAGCGGCUCCACUGGCUGGAGUUUGCCAAGAAGAUUGUUGAGAAGAAGGAAGUGCAUGAGGACAUUCAGGUUGUACAUGAGCAAACCCAGCAAUCUGAAAACAAAGCCACGUCGAGCAGGGAAUCUGAGGGGCUGAAAACGCAGCUGGAGGAGGAAAGGAGAAAAGUGGCCAAGAUAGAAGAGGACCUGGAGGAACACAGGAGCAAGCUGCUAAUGUUGAAGACUCAGAGGCCUGUUGAAAGAGUGGAAGAAAAGGAGGUGGUAGAAUACUACAGAGACCCACAGCUGGAGAGCAACCUGUCUAAGAUGACACAGCAGAUUGAAGAAGAAGGCAAAAAGAGGCUGAGCCUGCAAGAAGACAUUGAAGCGAUGAACCAGAAGCUUGCGCAGAUGGAAAAUGAGAAGAAGGCCAUUCCUGCCCAGCUCCUCACCAAAGAGAUAACCAAAAUUGAAAAAGAUCCAAGCCUGGAUAGUCAAGCAGCCAGUCUCCGCCAGGAGAUCAAGCGUCUCCAGGAGGAAAGCUUGGCUGCUGCUUCUGAACUCGAGCAGCGUAAGAGAGAGCUGCAUCAGCUAGAGCGAAAGCAGCCCAACAUCCGAGAGAAAGUGGUGGUGAAGGAGCUGAUCAAACUGGAGAAAAACCCAGAAAUGCUGAAGUCCGUUAGGACCCUGCAGCUACAAAUUGAUGAGGAAUCCUUCAAAAGGAAGUCUGCAGAGGAAGCAAUAGUGAAGGUGAAGAAUAAGAUUGCGGAGGUGGAAAGACUAAUUGAAAUAGCAGAACCCAAAAUUAUCGUGAAGGAGGUAAAGCAGGUAGAGCAGGACCCAGAGUUAUUGAAAGAGUCUACCAAGCUUAAAAACCUAAUUGAAGAAGAGAGGAGCAAGAAUUUAAUGCUUACAGGUGAGCUGGGAGAGCUGCAAAGCCAGUACAGUAUUGCAGAGAAGCAAAAACCAAGGGUAGAAGUUAAAGAGAGGGUCAACGAGAUUUUCAUGGUGGAUCCUGAAACGGAGAAGGAAAUUGCUCACCUGAAAAGAGAGCUGCAGGAAGUCACUCUGAAAAGGACAAAGAUUGACAGUGAAGUGGAAGAGGCCUUAGCAGAGCUCAAUGUCCUCAGGUCACAGAAGCCAGUGGUGGAGCUGAAGGAGGUUAUAGAGGAGGUGGUGAAACAUGAGAAGAGUCCAGAAAUUCUUAGAGAAAUCGACAGGCUAAAAGAGCAGCUGAAUGAACUAGUAAACACCAACGGCAGGACCCAAGAGCAGCUCAUUAGGCUGCAGGGUGAAAGGGAUGAGUGGAAGAGGGAGAGAUCCAAGGUGGAAACCAAGCUGGUCAACAAGGAAGUCAUCCGAUAUGAGAAUGAUCCACUCUUGGAAAAAGAAGCUGACCGCCUCCGCCAAGAAGUACGUAACAUGUCCCAAAAGAGGAGAGCUGCAGAGGACGCUAUCUAUGACCUGCAGAAUAAAUACAUGCUCCUGGAGAGGAGGAAGCCAGAGGAAAAGGUCAUCGUCCAAGAGGUGAUUCUGACUCAAAAGGAUCCAAAGCUCCGAGAUGAGCACAACAGGCUGAGCCGGAGCCUGGAUGAGGAGGUGAGCAACAGGCGCCGUAUGGAACGUGAUGUGCAACAGCUUCGUGCGCUGGUGGAAGAGCAAGAGAAGCUGCUCAGCUUUCAGGAGGAUCGAAGCAAGAGGCUUGCGCUGGAAAAAGAUAUGAGGCAAAUUACCUUGAGGAUAAAGGAGCUGGAGGAGAGCCCAGCCCCGGUGCAAGAAAAGAUCAUUAUGGAAGAAGUGCUGAAGCUGGAGAAGGACCCAGUCCUCGAACAGUCUGCCAGCAACCUGCGCCUGGAGCUGGACCACGAGAAGAUGGAGGUGCUGAACUUGCAGAGAGAAUGCAAGAACCUGCAGAUGCAAAUUGACGUCCUGCAGAAAACAAAAUCCCAGGAGAAGACCAUCUACAAGGAGGUGAUUCGAGUGGAGAAGGACAGAGCACUGGAGAGUGAACGCGCACGCAUCUGGGAGCUGCUGAGCAGGGAGAGAGGGGCCAAGCAAAAGGCUGAAGAGGAGGUGCGGAGGCUCAGGGAGAAGAUUGAGAGAGCUGAAGGCAUGAAGAGGACAUGGGCUCGCGAGGAGACGGAGCUGCAGAAGGCCAGGAACCUGGCCAUCCAGGAGAGAGCCAACCUGGAGAGCGAACUGCGGGAGCUGGAGAGACAGAAACAGCAGAAAGUCCUUUUCCUGAGGGAGGAGUCCAAACUGCUCAACCAACGGACUGAGAGCGACAGGCAGAAGAAGAAGCAGCUGGAGCAUGAGUUUUCCCUGCUGGAGGCAGACAUCCUGAGGGAGAAGGACCAGAUCUACAACAAGGAGAGGUUCAUCCGAGAUCUCCAGUCAAGGGUCAGUCGGGAAGAAAUAAAUCAUGAGACCCAGAUGAGAGAGACGAACCUCUCCACCAAGAUCUCCAUAUUGGACCCUGAGACGGGGAAGGAUAUGUCCCCUUACGAAGCCUAUAAGAGAGGUAUCAUAGACAGAGGCCAGUACAUCCAGCUGCAGGAGUUGGAGUGUGACUGGGAGGAAGUCACCACCCUGGGACCGAACGGGGAGGUCUCGGUUCUCCUAGACAAGAAAAGCGGGAAGCAGUACUCCAUCGACGAUGCGCUAAGGCUGAGGAGGAUCACCAAGGAGGAGUACCAGCUGUACCGGGACGGCAAGAUUCCCAUCUCUGAAUUCGCCUUGCUGGUGGCUGGAGAAUCUAAGCCUCCAUCAUCCCUUUCUAUCGGCUCCAUCAUCUCCAAAUCCCCGCUCCAGUCACCCACCACCCACCAAACCCAAAACUUCUUCCCUUCACCCUCGCAGAAGGGCUUCUGUGAUGACACAUGCCCCAUCGCCGGGGUGUACGACACCACCACUGACACCAAGUACAACAUCAAGACCGCUGUGGCGAAGAAGCUGCUUGAUCCUAUGACAGCUCAGAAGCUCCUGGAAGCCCAGGCUGCCACGGGGGGCAUCAUAGACCUCAUCUCUCGGGACCGGUUGUCAGUCCACAAGGCAAUCGAGAGGGGGCUGAUCGACAGGACCUACAUGCAGAGACUGCUCAACGCCCAGAAAGCCUUCACGGGGAUUGAGGACCCGGUGACCAAGCGAAGGCUGUCCGUGGGGGAAGCGGUCCAGAAGGGAUGGAUGACCCGGGACAGCGCUUUCCCCUACUUGGAGGUCCAGCACCUAACUGGAGGACUCAUUGAUCCCAAGAAAACCGGUCGCAUCCCCGUGCUGGAAGCCGCCCAGACAGGGAUGAUAACAGGCGACCUGGCCAACAGGCUCCAGGAUGAGUCCAACUACGAAAAAGAUCUCAUUGACCCCAUCACAAAGGAGAAGAUAAACUACAAGGAGGCCAUGGCUCUCUGCCAGAAGGAUUCGCUUGGCAGCCUCCUGCUGCUCCCGGCCGCCUCGGAGGGCUACCAGCCCUACCACCAGGCGAGCCGCUCCCCCAAGCUCUCACGGUUCAGGCACUGAAUGGAUUCAGGCGAGCGCUGGACCCGGUUCCUUCUGGAGUUCAUCCCUUCAAAACACCUCUCCCCACAGCAGCGAUCACGGGAACAGAGCGUCUAGCAUUUAGGGCUGCAUACUCUUCUGUCUUAGCUAUCCCUGCUUCCCAGCGCAGCUUGGCCGUGCGAGGAAGAAAAA